AUGGCGAAUCGAUUGAAUCCCUUGACCUCGCACUCUUUCGUGCGGCCUGCGGUGAUGCAGAAUAUAUGCCGGCGCUUCUACACGCCCAUGCGCAUGGAAAAUCCUUUUGGGAAAACGGGGUAUAGUGCUCAUCAGGAAAUGAAAAUCGCCGAAGAACAGAAACAACGACGCAUUGCAAAAGCUAUCGGUGACCAGAAGGCUUUGGAUGAGAGGCGGAGGACAUUGGAGAGGUUUCAGACCCGUGAUUGGAAAGCCGGCGACGUAUAUUCUCCCCACGAUCUCAGCCCUGCGGAAAUGAGGAAAUGGAAACGGAAAUUGAGCCCGUCCGUCGACGUGUUCGACCUUCUAGCGAUGAACCCUUUACACCAAUACAAGUUUGGAUCUGGCUUCGGAGUCGAUUUGUUUGGGUCUCUUCAUUCAGAGCAUCCAGUGUCAACCGGUACACGCAUCUAUUCAAUGGCAAUCAAGAACGAAUCGAUCUGGGCCGCAAGCCCCUCCACCACCAGAGGGCAGCCAACCCAACUUGAUGCCGACGUGAAAGGAGAGAGACUCGCGUAUGCGUCAAACAAGUCGGUAUUCCUCCGCUCCAUAGACAACCCCGCAGUCGCGAGACAGUACACAGACCACAAGACCGACACAACUGUUGCAAGGUUCUCUCCUUCCGGGUACUAUGUUGCCAGCGGUGACGCUGCUGGAACGGUACGGGUUUGGGAUUGUGUCGGAGAAGGGAUCACAAAAGGCGAAUACUUCAUCGUGAACGGAAGAAUAAACGAUCUCGCUUGGGACGGGGAUUCACAAAGGAUAAUUGCUGUGGGCGAUGGGAAACAAAGAUACGGUCAUUGUAUCAGUGCAGACAGCGGAAACACUGUUGGCGAAAUCACUGGCCACAGCCAGAGCAUCAACUCCGUUUCUAUUCGACAACAGAGGCCUCUCCGAGCAGCAGCGGCGGGAGAUGACAAGACUCUUGUAUUCUACCACGGAGCUCCAUUCAAGUACAACACUGGCCAUCGGGAUAACCACAAUAACUACAUCUACGGGGUCGCUUUUAGCCCUAGCGGAGAUAACCUCGUUAGUGUUGGCGGCGACCGACGCAUUUGGCUGUAUGAUGGAAAGACCGGCGAGCCAAAAGUCCAGAUUGGCGAAGGAGAACAUAAGGGAAGCAUAUUUGCCGUGUCUUGGUCCCAAGAUUCGCGAAAAUUCGUUACUGCUGGUGCAGACAGAACUGUGAAGAUCUGGGACGUUGAGGCUCAAAAGGUCGUCCAGAAUUGGCAGAUUGGUCCCGAACAAGGCUCUGCAACUGUUCCACAUCAACAAGUCGGCGUUGUUUGGCCAAAUGGGAGAUCAGAUGGGUUGAUAAUAAGUUUGUCACUUUCAGGAGACCUCAAUUAUUUGGUCGAAGGACAAGAAAAGCCGAGACAAGUGAUCCAUGGGCAUCAAAAGAACAUUACCUCAAUCACUCGAGAUGACUUUGGACCUAAAGAAACCCUCUGGACUGGAAGCUAUGAUGGCAGAGUAUGUAGCUGGGAAGUCUCAGAUGGUGCAAUGGAAACCGUUGAAGGUGAAGGACAUCCCGGGUACAUUGCUGGUCUUGCGGCUGCUAAAGAGGGCAGCGGCGGCCGGAUUUAUAGUGUUGGCUGGGACGACACAAUUCGCUCAGUGGAUAUAUCUUCACAUAGUUAUGUCGGCCCUGCGAUUAAAUUGUCAAGUCAGCCCAAAGGGAUCGCUGUUGGAGACCAGACGGUGCUAGUUGCCAAUACCCAGGGCGUUGAAAUCCUGCAAGACGGGAAGAAGACGGGGGAGUUCCACUCGAAAAUCUCGCUGAGCGCUAUCGCUGCUGCAGGAAGCACCGCCUGUUUGGGAGCUGAGGAUUCUUCCGUCCAAUUCUACAAAGUCACCCCAACAAGUUUAGAGCCAAAAGCAAGUGGCAAGGUAUCCAGGAACCCCAUCUCCGCCAUGGCAUUCAGCCCAGAUGGCUCGUUGUUGGCUGCCGGAGACUCCAGAGGCCGAAUUGUUGUUUUCAAAGCCGAAGAUGGGAGCAUUGUUACGGAUCGCUGGACAGCUCAUACCGGGCGUGUCACCUCCAUGGCAUGGAGCUCGAACGGAACGCAAUUGGUCAGUGGGGGGCUUGACACAAACAUCUUUGUAUGGAGCCUGGACCGCCGAGGGGACUGGUUAGAGGCGCCCAAUGCCCACAAAGAGGGGGUAAACGCCGUGGCGUGGAUAGCUGAUGACUCGAAAGUCGCUUCAGCUGGUGCGGAUGGUGCGGUGAAAAUCUGGCAAGUGGAAUUUUGA